AUGCUCAUCCAAAUUCGGAGAUGGCUGCAGCAGCCAAAUAUAUGGAGACUAGUUUGUUCUACUUCAUCCGUUGUUGGACUACUGUGUUACGGUCUCAGCUCCUCCUUCACUCAUCUGUUCGGAAAGUGGACCUUACUAAAGCUGUUUCUUUACACUGUUUUUAGUUUAAUCAUCUGCCUCACCAUCCUGUUUGCAAAGGAAUGGCAACACUCACCCAGUCUCCAACUAAAAGCUCACUUAGCAUUUUUGGUUUUGAUGACCACUUCUGUCUACUCCUUUUUCUUUGACAAAGUCCUGAGUGGGAAACCAGACGCAUUUACCCUUAUUUCAUGUGCUGCUUUUGCCAUUAUGUCUCUCAGCUUGUCAAAGCAGACUCAUUAUGGAAUCGAGGUUGAUCUCUUAUACUUCUUUAGCGGAUGUCUAACAAUUCAACUCAUGAAAAUAAAUUUAUUCCUGGUAAUUGUUGGAGCCUGUUUCAGUUAUUCACUCGUCAUUCUUCGCUCCUCUUUGAAUUCUCCAACAAAUGACCGUCUUGGACUCCAAAAUCACAUAAUCAUUCAGGUGGAUUCACAUUCACUAGAAGCCAAUACUAAUUCCAUCAUGCAAGUAGAAGCCAACACCGAUAGUGUUCCUAUCACGAAUUUAGUCACUAAAAUGGAUUCAUCACACGGCAACACUGAUAGAACUGUUGUCAUGCAACAAUUUAUGACUUCCACAAAAUCGCUUAAGAAGAAGAAUCGGAAGCUUAUUCACAUAGUUUCCAAGCAUGUGGAAAAAUAUCUUGAAGAGAUUGUUGACUCUCAAAGAUUGAACCAUUUGCUACUGAACCCCGACGUCAACUUGGUGAUGGACGCUCUUCCGUCGCAAACUAUCAACGACCUUCACGAAGCAGUGAAGUUGAUGCUGGAAGCAGGAUUAGAGCAGGAGUGUUGUCACGUGUACAGCACAUGCCCCAGGGAAUUCUUAGAAGAAUGUCUCUUGAGGUUUGGGUUAAGAGAGCUCAACAUGGAGAACAUCGACGAGAUGGAGAAGAUUGAAAAUUGGACAAAAGCUUUCAACGUAGCUGUGAAGAUUCUGUUUCCCAAUGAAAGAAGACUUUGCGAUCACGUCUUCAAAGGUUACUCUUCCGCAGCUGACAUAACUUUCACUGAAGUUUGCAAUGACUUGAUAAUUCAUUUACUGAGUUUCCAAUUCCUUCACAAUUAAGACUAAUCGUUGAAUUUUUUGGGUCGCAUCCUCCCUCAAGUGUGGAAUACAUUGCGUGGCAUGUUUACAGAAUUUGACUCACUAUUUUGUGGUCAAUACAGUGUAUCACUCAGAUUUAAAUUAAGAACGGUUAUGAAGAUAUUGAGGAAAGAAGGCUCGGGCUUUAUUAGAGAGCUGAAGAAUCAUAUUUCAAAUGACUUGCCGCGAUUGCUUGUUCCUGAUGGUGGGCUUCAUCCUAUUACGUCUGAAACGAUGAAUUGCCUCACAAAUUUUUGCAAAUCUAGGGAUAUUAUAACUCAUAAGCAUGUUUUGGAAGAGUACAUGGUGAAUCAUGAGCGAGAGGAAAAGUCUUCUUUACUUUCUGUACAGAUAAAUUGGAUUAUAGAGCAGUUAGAGAGCAGUUUGGAAGCUAAUUCCAAAAGCUACGUGGACCCUUCUUUGGGAUAUGUUUUUAUGAUGAACAACCGGGGCUAUAUGGUGGAAGUAGUGAAAAAUAACCAUCGAUUGCAAGCCUUUGUGGGAAAAGAUUGGAUCCGGAGACUCACUGCAAAAGUUCAAUUAAACUUGGAACAUUAUCAAAGAAGCUCGUGGGAUAAGGUUCUAGAACUUUUGAAGGUGGAGCAUAAUGAUGAGUUUGUGGUGCCUAAUAUUGUGGCAGAGUCAAUGAAGGAAAAGCUCAGUUUGUUCAACCAGCACUUUGAGGAGAUAUGUAACAUUCAGUGUAAAUGGUUUAUCUAUGAUGAACAAUAUAGGGAACAAAUAAGAAUGUCCCUUGAAAACAUUUUGUUGCCGGGGUAUGGGAAUUUCAUUAGGAUGUUCCAGGUUGUUGUUGGCAAGGAAGCUGAUGAGUAUAUUAAGUAUGGAAUGUUUCAGAUUGUAGAUAAUCUCAAAUGUUUGUUUCUUGGAAGCAAGGGGAUGGAGCAGCGGCUGGAAUUAAGAGAAGUAAAAGCUACUGAAUCUGGUGUGAAAAAAUGA